AUGUCCUUUCACUCUCACUCUCCCUCCCGCUCGAUCUCAGACCAGGGCAGCGAUGUGAUCGACGCGCUCCCAGCGAGACUCUGGCACCACAUAUUCCGCCUGUUGCUGGAGCGCCCCUGCAGCGCCACCCCUCCACACUCCGCGGGCGGCCGCUACUACUGCCCCGCGCGCAGCACGGCGCAGCGAGCAGAGGAGAAUCGCAGUGGCACCGGCGGUGGCGGCGCUGGUGGUGCUAUCAGCAAUGUCCCACGGGCCGCUGAGAAUGGUGCGGCUAGAGUGGCACCAGUGCCCGUGUUCGUGAAUCCCGGGGUGUCGCCGUGCUGGCUGCAUGCGCACAACGCUCGCACGUAUGGCUCCUCGUGGCCUCUGCUGUGCUGCGCGCUCGCCAGCAAGAGACUUCUCCACCUCGUCGCCUCCUUCUCCCACGCCCAUCAGUCUGCACCUCACAGCCGCCCAGCCCCAGUGGACCACCAGCGUGCGCUGGCUGCUCUCCUGCUCUCCCGCACCCCCAUCCCUCCACCUCUCCUUCUCCCACCCCUCCCUCAUUCCCCUCAUCCGCCGCUCCUUCACUCUCCCCUCCUCUCCGGCCGCCUCCUCCCUCUCAUCCCUACAACUAAGCUUGGGUGUCAGAGAGAAAUUCACAGAGGAGGAUUACCGCCAGGGGGAUUGGAAUCUAGCCUUUCUCAAGACCUGCUCCUCUCUGCGUUCCCUGACACUCGGACGUUCCCGUGGUCGCGGCUGCGAAGCCUCGGGAUUGUCGUGGCGAGCGAUUAUGAUGUGAUGAACCCAAUGCGAGGGGAGAUGGCGGUGGAAGAUGUGGAGAGAGCAGAUGGGAAUGAGAUCAUCGAGUGGACGAGAAAGCAGAGGAGGAAGGAGAAGGCGGAGGUGAGGGAGACGGAGCACAGGAUGAGGAAUCAAGGGCUCACUCGGUUUCAUGCAGGCCCGUUUGACAACCAGCUUGGGGUUGACGAUGUUGAUGAUGAUGAUGACGAUGUUUAUGGUCCACUGGAGCGAGAGACGCCUUCACGCAGAUCUGCUCCCACUCGACUGUACAUCCCUCUGAAAAUCCAUGCUCCAAAUCUGCGGGCCAUCUUCUUUCCAACCCGCCGCAGCACACCCCGAGCCUUGCUAGCAGACCUGAGGGCGAGGCAUCCCUCUCUGGCGCUGUACUGUGUUGCAAGGCACACGUGGUACUGGGAGAGGAAAGGGACGAGGGUAGAGGGUGGGCCGGUGACGCAUGUGAGGGGGCCGAGAGGAGGGAAGAGCAGUGUGUCGUUUAGGAAUGGGAGGAAGAGCGUGCGGGACAAGAUGCACAGUGUGAAUCGUGGGCUAAUGGAGGGGUACACACUGGAUGAUGAGGAGUGA